AUGACACAAUUGGUCGAUGAGACUUGCGCGAAAUCCCUUCGUCUUCUCUCCCUUGACGGUGGGGGGAUUACAGCCAUCAGCCAGCUCAUAAUCCUCAAAUCUAUCAUGCUUUCUGUUCAACAACAGCAAGCCCUUCCCGAAACACCGAAGCCUCACGAGAUUUUCGACCUGAUUAGUGGCAGUGGCCACGGCGGUCUCCUCGCUUUACUUCUGGGCCGUCUCCACCUAUCCGUCGAUGAAGCCGUCUUCGAAUACCGCCAGCUCGCCCAACGCGUGUUCUCCCGGCCGAAACGACGCAGCGGAAAUGGGAAAUACAGCGCCCACGAAAUGGAGGCCGCGAUCAAGGACAUUAUAGGCCGGAAUACACCAGAUCAGAAUCCAGAGACGACUUUGCUUGAGGCCGAGUCUGACACCGAGCAGGAGGGCAGUGGAGAGGCGGCACGGGCGGUGACGGCCCACCCCGGGAUGUUCAAACCGUUGAAGGUCGGUGUGGAGGAGUUUGUGGAUGGGAGCCUGGGCACGAAAAAUCCCUGUCGCCUACUGCUGAGCGAGGCGGGUCGCCUAUUCGAUAAGCGUCGGUCGGUGGGCUGUGUGGUGAGCAUUGGAGCAGGGAAGCCUCCGCCAUUGCAGCUGAGUCGACCAGGCCUCUUUCAGCGACUCCUGCCCACGAAGAUCGUCUCAGUGGUCGAGUCGCUGAGUUUCGAGGCCGAGGCAGUUGCGCGGGAUAUGGAAGAGAGGUUCGAAGCAUCCCCCGACGUCUACUUUCGAUUCAAUGUGGGGGGAAGAGUUGCGGAUGUGGACAUGGCGGAUUGGGAGAGAGAAAAUGAGGUGGAGAGUAAAACAUUCGACUAUCUCGCUGCGUUUGAGAUAGAAACUACUGUGUCACGAGCUGCGGCUGCACUUUACGGCGAGAACAGGGAGGUUGCUACGGGAAAAAUUAUGACAGUGUCUGAUUUGUGA